GAACGCGGGCGCCGGCGAGGUGACGUCACAGGGGUAGUUCCGCUCGACCCCGCGUUCCGCUGCGGCGGAGGGCAGCUGGAAGCGGUUGGCGGCCGCGCCGCCGCCCCCAUCCCCUCCCCCGCGCCCCGCGCUGUCAGGCGGCCCUGGGCAGCGGCGGUGGCAGGAGGAGGGGCAGGGAGCGCGGGCGGCGAACGUACGAAGAGGGCGGAGAGCCUGGAGCCGCGCCUGGGUCAGGAAAUUUCAGCUUUCCUAAGACAAAAAUUCUGCAAGUAUGACCUCAUCUCAAGUGACUUUUGAAGUGAGAGGACCGUCAGUACCAGGGGAGGUUUUUGCGAUAUGUGGGAGCUGCAGUGCUUUAGGAAGUUGGAAUCCACAAGCUGCAGUGGUCCUCCAGACUGAUGACUGUGAAUUAUGGAAAGCUACUAUAGAGCUUCCUAGAGGAGUUCCUGUUAAGUAUCGAUAUUUUAAAGGGUACUUCUUAGAACCUAAGACUAUCGAUGGUCCCUGCGAAGUCAUAGUUCACACGUGGGAGACUCAUCUACAACCACGAUCAAUUACCCCUUUAGAAAAUGAAAUGACCAUUGACGAUGGAUACUUCGGAAUUCAUAAUGGCAUUGAAACAGUGGAUGCUGGGUGGCUGACCUGUCAAACAGAAAUACGAUUACGUCUGCAUUAUUCUGAGAAGUCCCCUGUAAUGAUAUCAAAGAAGAAAUUCAAAACAUCGAGGUUUAGAGUGAAGUUGACUCUGGAAGGCCUGGAGAAAGAUGAUGAUGAUGAAGAGGGCCAAGAAAAAACAUCUCCUACUGUUCCUCAGAAGAUGGCAAACACUGUAGAGUUCUCCUUAAUAAGCAACAACGAAUAUAAAUGCCGACACUCUCAGCCAGACUGUGGUUAUGCUUUGCAGUCAGAUCGAUGGCUAGAAUACACCAUACAAACCAUGGAGCCUGAUAACUUGGAAUUAAUCUUUGAUUUUUUUGAGGAAGAUUUAAGUGAGAAAGUAGUGCAAGAUGAUGAGCACCCAGGUCAUGUAGGUUCUGCCUGCCUCCUCUCAUCCACAAUUGCAGAAUCUGGAAAGAGUGCUGGAAUUCUUACACUUGCUAUUAUGGGCAGAAAUCCAAGGAAGACUAUUGGAAAAGUCAGAGUGGACUACAUAAUAAUUAAGCCAAUCCAGGGAUACACUUGUGAUAUGAAGACCUCAUAUGCAAAAUACUGGAAACCAAGAACAACUCUUGAUGUUGGACACAGGGGAGCUGGAAACUCUACAACAACAGCUAAACUUGCUAAGGUUCAAGAGAACACUAUAGCUUCUCUGAGGAAUGCUGCUAGUCAUGGAGCAGCAUACGUGGAAUUUGAUGUACAUCUUUCUAAAGAUCAUGUGCCCAUUGUAUACCACGAUCUCACUUGUUGCAUGGCCAUGAAAAAGAAACUGGAUACAGAACCUUUGGAGUUGUUUGAGAUUGCAGUUAAAGAGCUCACAUUUGAUCAGCUGCAGUUAUUGAAGCUGGCUCAUGUGACUGCCUUGAAAGUAAAAGAUCACAAUGCAUCCUUUAAAGAAGAAGAAAACUCUGCUUAUGAGACACAGCCAUUUCCUUCUCUACAGAGAGUUCUAGAGUCAGUUUCGGAAGAUGUUGGAUUCAACAUAGAAAUAAAAUGGAUCUGCCAACAAAAGGAUGGACAGUGGGAUGGCAACUUGUCAACUUACUUUGAUAUGAACCUCUUUUUAGAUAUUAUUCUGAAAACUGUUUUGAUGAAUGCUGGGAGGAGGAGAAUUGUUUUUUCUUCUUUUAAUGCAGAUAUUUGUACGAUGGUACGGCACAAACAAAACAAGUAUCCCGUGUUAUUUCUCACCCAAGGAGAAUCUAAACUCUAUCCUGAACUCAUGGAUCUUAGAUCUCGUACAACUCCAAUUGCCAUUACUUUUGCACAGUUUGAAAACUUGCUGGGAGUCAAUGUGCACUCUGAAGACCUGCUGAGGAAUCCAUCGUAUAUUAAAAGAGCCAUAUCUAAAGGCUUAGUCAUUUUCUCAUGGGGUGAUGAUGCAAAUGAUCCAGAUAACAGGAAGAAGCUGAGAGAAUAUGGUGUUCAUGGGCUAAUAUAUGACAGGAUAUACGACUCAAAUCCCGAACAACCAAAUAUAUUCCAGGUAGAGCAACUGGAACGUCUGAAGAAGGAACUACCAGAGUUGAAAAGCUGUGUGUGUCCCACUGUUAGCCACUUUAAGUCCAUAUCUCCAUGUAAAUGUCAUCAUAGUUGCUUGGAAGAGAAAGCUGUAGAUAACUUGCAGAGCGUUCAAAUGCAAAAGGACUGACUCUAGGCAGAAUGCUGGUUUGUAUCUGUUUAAUUAUGACCAUUGAAACAGUGCUAUCCAUGCCUUCAUGUUUGUUUAUUUUGUUUCCCAAACAGCAAUAAUUGUGUUUCUCCCUCCUUGACAGUACCCGUUCAAGUUCCAACAAGAUUCAAGUAUUGAGCCAGCUGUAGCUGUUAUUCCAGUUUAUGUAGUUUUAACUUUCUCAUAAUCAAGUCUCAAAUUUUGAAAACAAAAUUAAGUAUUAACACUAAGUGUAUUUUAAAAAUAAGCACUCUGAGGAGUGGAAUCUCAAAAACCACAUUGUAGAGAAAUUACAAUGAUCUGGUAAUGAAAGCGCUUAAAAAAUAUAUUGAUUUGACUUAAAUUUUACUUGAAUAGUGCAGCUUGUUAGCCUGUACCAGACAACAGGAAAUGAAGAGUGGUCAUAAGGCACAUAUAGUUAGAUCUGGCCUGAAUAAAUUGGUACCUCACAUAUAUACAUAUAUAUAUUGUAUGUAUUUGCACUGAGACAUCAAUGUGUACAAAGCUUUGUGCCAUUUCAAAAACAUAUGUCUAUUUUCUUUAAGUAAAUUGCAGUGCACGUGAACUCAUUUCCUCCCCCUCCAGUGGACAUUCAGGCUGCUGCCACUGUUUCCUGAUUUGCCAACUGAGUGGUACGGUGUCUGUGUGGAGCAGCGAGGGGUGAACCACCAGAGUGACAUCUUUCAUUUAUCUCACACAGACCUGCUGAACUUUUUAGAAAUGUUGCUUAGAAUUUUAACAGAAUUACAGAAAUACCUUCAGUGGUUGAUAAUCUUUUGCACAGUAACCUUAAUAAACAAAAUGUGUACGAAUGCACAAACUCUACAAAAUGCAUGCUUUAGUUAUAAGCAUGGGAUUUAGGUGUUUGAAGUCCUUGCAUCUUUACGGUGCUAGUUAUGUGUGAAGGGUGCAAGGACUCACUGAACUACUUCAUUUUUUUUUUUUUUUUGCCUAAAA